GUUACGGGGUUAUAGUUUUAGUUACGAUUACAGUUACGGGUUACGGCUGCGACAAUUACGAAUUACGACGUUAAGGCGAAUGGCGCCAAUGUAGCCGGCGAUAUCGAGUCUUACGAGCGAAAAAUACUUUUCCUCGCUUGUUAAUAGCGUGCGAGCGAGAGACCUGGCUUUAUUGGCCGCGCGGCCAAUCGUGCGCGGAAACGAGUGCGCUGUCGGCUCCCUUCGUCCAUAACUUGGCGCGACUGGCCCCGUUUACAAUCGUGUCGAGCAGCGUCGAUCUGCACGCCCAGUCGAGACACAGCGUUUUCUCAUUUUUAUGUUAACCACGGGUCUUCGACUCCGCUAACUUUGGCUAAACUGUGCGGCGCGCGUGCACGAAUCAGCGUGGCAGAAACGCGAGUGCCUUCUUUAAAGAAAUAAGAGAGAUCGCGAGACAAGCAUACAGAAUGGAGGGAGACGAUGGCCCUUCAGCCAUCAGUAGUAAACCCACCGUGAUCAAAGCGGCGCAAGAGGAAAUGGGACGAUUGGACAUACUGGUAUGUGGACAGUGUCACUCCGUGUUUCACUUUAUUGAAGAAUUUCAACAACAUCGUACACAGGAGGGCGCCUGUUCCAAAGCGUCACAUUUUCGUGAAACCAACGACAAUGGACAAAAGGCACAAGUAUGGGCAUUUCUGUUGUGGAAAGAUACGCAAGUUCAACAAGAAGGUUCGGACAAGGAUACGGCUAGUGCUUGGACGUUGUACCAGAAAUGGUGCAAGAUGGAUACGAAUGUGAGGGAUUCGUGGAUCACUGCAGGCAAGACCAUACAAACCUUUACGAAAAUUAGUAACGCAAAGAUGCAGGAUACCCCGAUACAAAUUCAAUCGACUAUCGAAGGUACCAAGCCGAUAAUUGUUCGUAAAGUCGUUAGAAACGGACAGCCGGAGGACACGAGCGAAGCUAAGAAGGACAUGGUAAAAGUGCAAAAGAGUGAGCCUAUGGACAUUGAAGUGGACAAGAAAGAAAAGCCGAGACUGAAACCAUCGAUCAAGCCCAAGAACAAGUCUGGCAGGGUAACCACCGAGGAAGGUGCAGAUUUGAGCAACGAGGAAUACGUCGUGGAGAAAAUUUUAGCCAAACGUUUUAAUACAAAAAAGAGAUGCUCGGAAUAUCUAAUUAAAUGGGAAAGCUAUUCACACGAGAACAAUACGUGGGAGUCUGCGGAGGUUGUGGCAACUUGCAAAAUUAUGUUGGAAGAAUUUGAGCGGAAUCUCGCCAAGCAAAAGGAGCUUAAAGCGGCGCAACAGCAGGUCAAUACAAGAGUUAUCGGACGUGCGAGUUUGCCGUUGCAAAAAUCAGUGAUAAAAACAGAAGCCAGUAAGCCUGGACCGAGCACGGCGGCUCAAGUGGGACGCCCGAUGCGAUCCAGUAAGUCAAAGGCGAUGGACCAAGUCAAGCAGUGGUGUGGCUCGAUGAAAGACGAGGAUAACGAACUAUUGGGUAAAAGGAGGAUCGACGAUUCGGAGAGUGAUUCGGAAGAAGGUGGGAGCAGUGCCGCAAAGAGGGCGAAAGGCGACACGGGCAGUGACGACGACUGGACUGGGGAAUCUGAAGACGAAAGACUGAUGGGUCGUAGCGACAUGAUUCAACGUGCAUUUAAUCGCGCUAACGCACAGUCCAAUGGAUCCAACAGAGCCUCGGUGUCGUCUACUGAUCUGGCAACGUCGUUAGGCUUGCAAUCUCCAGACGGAACGAAAUCUAGCCAACCGCCUGUCCUGGUGGCAAGCGCCAAGGGAGUUGUUAAAGUCGAUCCCAAGCAAAUGCCGAAUUUGGCUUCCGGUCUUUACGUCAUGUCGCGAAAAGACGGUAUCAUCAAGUUAAAUUCGUCCCCCAGUGGGAAGCUAGCGGUUAAAGGAACUCCACCGACGCAAAGUGUUGUAAUGGUACAAAAUCGAGAUAACGCCAACGUGGUGAGGAAACAGGUAAUCUCGACGUCGCAGUCCAAUUCGAUUACUCCUGUGAAAGUCGUAUCAAAGGACGGGAGCCAAGUAGUAACACAGAUGAAGAUGGUCACGGCUUCCAAGGCCGUUACACCAAAACUUACCGUGCAAAAGAACGAGCCGAUAAAGAUACAACCAAAACCGGAUCCAUCGCAAUUGCAACAGAUACACGUUGUGACUCCGAUCACCUUGCAACCGAGAAUAACUACCGGCAUAAGACCCGCUCCUGUUACACCUCAACGAACCGUAGACGGUCGGCCUUUGCUUCCUAGACCGGCGUUGCGCCCAACAGCGGCAACGAGCGUUCUCGGUACAAUUCGUUCACCCGUCAGAGCACCGGCACCGAGACAGAUGCAGACCCAAGUGACGCGUCCAGUGUUGCAGAAGCGUACAACAACUGUCGUAACUGCGCAGCAGACAGUUUCGCCAGUUGCCGGCGGCACGGUCACGCAAAUCAGGCCAAAAUUCACAGUACUCGCGACAUCUCCGCAGACCAAACAGGCGAUCAAAACUAGUACUAGCCCAGUUCAGCAGCAGCAGCAGCAGCAGCAGCAACAACAGCAGCAGCAGCAGCAACAACAACAGCAGGCAAAACAGUCUCCGAAAACACCAGCGAAUAAGGCACAGUCAUUGUUGUCUCCGCAGCAAAAGUUAUUAAUGGCAAAGAGAAAGGCCCAAGAAGCAGCAGGUAUAAUUAAAGCAAAUCGUGGACUAUUGGCAGGCGCUCGUGCCGCUGCGGGACGAAACAAGGCAAAAGUAGGUACCGAAACACCCUCGACGAUAGCUCAGGCGGGAAGCAAACCCCCGAAGGAAAGCAAAUUAGCGGAAGGUGAUGGACUUCACAUGGAAUUCCACGAAGUUGGCUCAGAAGAGAGCAGUAGCGAGGGCGAGUCGGAUCACCCCCCUCCUCCCGAGUCGGAUGUUAUUACGGCUCCAGAGCCUGACAGUCCACCGCGUCCGUUCACGUUAUGUCCUCUGACGGGUCGUAUAAUUGGUCCGGACGGUGAACCGAUCGAGCAACCAGGCGAAUCCGAAUCCGCUGAAGCAACAACAAAUUCGGCCGUAGCGAGAACAGCUACUAACGCGUCCGAAACUGUGGCAGCGGACGCGACGGCUGUCGUUGUCAAGGCCAGUACUACCACUACCACCACCGUCGCUGCCUCCACCACCGCCGCCACCACCACAACCGCUACAACCGCUACCAUCGACACCACUGUUGCAACAACAACGACAACCACCAGCACUAUCGCCGCCGCCACUACCACCGCCGCCACCACCGCUACCGCCGAAUUGGUCCUGCCCUCUCUUGAGCUCACCGAAAGCGGUGGCAUUAUGAGGGUCGAGAUGAGUCCUGGUGGAACAACCGGCACCAUUGUCCAAUCCAGUGAAGCAGCACAGAUCAACCUGUCAAAUGUGACGAUACCUGCGCCGGACUUACCUUGCUUGGACGAUAGCAGUUGUACAGUUACAGCGACUACUACUUCCGCGUCCACAGCAACGCCCUUGGCGGAAACAGUCUCUUCUUGUUCCGCCGAAACGUCCAUUAUAAACACGACAUUGUCAACAGUUGCAGCGACAUCCACUUCCGUUACUAUGACAGUGAGCUCGACGGAUGUGAAGAGCGAAGAAAAGAUACCGGAAGAGAAAAAAGUAACGACGGACGAUUCAUCGAAUUUGGUUACUAUAGCCGAGCAUAGCGUCGUGUAUCAAGUCGCGGGUCAAGCCGAGGAUGGACAGACCCUUCUCGUGACACAAGGUGCUGAUGGCGAGCAGCAAUGUGUAUACGUGACAACUGAACAACAAGGAGACGACGGCUCGGUUCUAACGUUGGACCACGCAGUUGCCGAGGCUGUAGCGCAACUGAUCCCCGACCAAGUAAAUCUCACUCCCCAGUUUUACGUGAAGGAGGAUGGAGCGGAACCGAGCGAAAAUUCAAUGGUCAUGUCUAUAAUGGAUAACGCGAGUACACCCGAUGUAACCGGGAGUCAAGAGGAUAGUGACGGACAGGCACAAGUUAUAGCUCAAGUGGUACAAGCUGAAGAGCCUACUCCAGGAGGAACCAGGAGGGUAGUGCUUCUAUUACCGGACGGUAAUUUAAUGAUGACUGAAGUGGAUGAGGAACAGUACGCCGCUCUAGAACUUGAUAAGUGAAAACGGAUAUCAUCUUGCGCAUAUGCUAAUAAGAUACCAUGGCGAUGCAUCGAAUUGCACGAUACGCGCAUAUUGUACGUUUAAAACGUGAUUGUGAAUUGUAUAUAUGUAAGAACAUUCACCUCGUACAAUUGCACGUUGAUGACGUCUUAAUAUUCAGUGACUAGACUAGACUAGAUAUUGUAAAACCGAGAGAUAGCUGGUAUACUGUAAAAAAUCAGCACACACCAAGAAAUAUCGAAAUUUUAAAAACAAGAGGAAUGUGUUUAUACAUAUAUAUGUAUGUAUGUGGGUGGGUAUAUGGG